AAGCCAGAUUCAACAUUACCGACCUGCCCUCGCGUAGUCUAAUUCACCUUCCCGGUCGUUCGCCGCUCACUGGGACACAGCAGGCCACCGCUGGGAACCGUCACCGGGAACAGACAGGGGGGUAAAAUCUGAUUUGUGAUGGAGUCUUUGCUGCUUUGUACCCUGCUGCCUCCCUGGCGUCGGGUCGGGGUUACGCUUCCUUAGGCAAGUCCGAGGUCCACUUUGUGAACCGGAGAUGUUUCGGCGAAGGCCAUAGCGAGUGGAAGAAGUUUGGAGAUGUAAGGAAUAAGAAGAGACUGGAGAUACUGAGCAGCCUGUGCAUCGACACGACUUCUUGACCUCAUCUUCAGCAUGAAUGGUGAUAUGCCUCAUGUCCCCAUCACUACUCUUGCUGGAAUUGCUAGCCUGACAGACCUGUUGAACCAGUUGCCCCUGCCUUCUCCUCUGCCUGCUACCACCGCCAAGAGUCUGCUCUACAAUGGAAGGAUCUCCGAAGAGGUCAGCAACAUCCUCGUGUGCCGGGAUGAAAAUCUGGUGACUCAGCUGGCACACAGCCUUAACCAGGUCUCCACCGAAAACAUAGAACUGAAGGACAACCUGGGUAACGAUGAGCCCGAGGGUGACCUGCCAAUCCUUCUCCAAACUCUGCUCUCCAGGAACCCCAAAAUCUUCAGGGACAAAAGUGUAAUGCAGCAGCCAAUGGUACAACAGUAUAAAAUAAGCCAGAGUCAAAUACAUGGUAGUCCAGCAUCAAAUUAUCAGCCGACUGCCGUCCCUCAAAGCCCCUCUGGAUGUUUUACAUCGCCACAGCCAGGGUCAGCCACUCGCUUCACACCGCAGCAGAACAGCCCCAUUCCUAGUCCAUACACACCUCAGAGUCCUGCAGACUACAUGCAGUACAACCCUCCAAGUUAUAAUCAACUCCAGCAGACUCCACAAGUUACCGCCACUGUAAGAACCAGUCAUGAAAACAAAGUGUCGGGACAGCUAUUAAGAAAUUCAUCAAAUCACACAACAAGACAAGGCUCAAAUGACGAAUACAUGAACAUGUCUCACAGAUUGGGGAAUGAGGAUAACGGUUCCUCUGUGAGGGCUGCUGUAUUUCCUAUUAAAUCACAUCCACAUGCUGUGUGUUCACCUGCUGGGAGUGAAGAUGCUGGAAGAACAGGGUCACGGGUUUCCCUCAUCAGACAGACACCGAGUGCAGCUCCAGACCUGCUGCUCACCUCACCCGACCGCAAAAAGAAGCAGCGACACCGAAGUAAAGAAGGAAAUGACCACGCGGACAAAAACGUUUUGUACGACAUUGUUGGUUCGCCGUCGAAAGACUCUUCCAGGCUGACUUUGAAACUGUCUCGAGUGAAGGCUUCAGACAACGAUUCACUGGACAAUAAUUCUCCUGUGGCACAUACGGGUGUGGACCAUGACAGUGAUUCCAUGAAUAAUAAUAACAACAAUAACCAAGUGUUAAUGGAUGGACAGGAGCUGUCACACAGGUUUACUGCUGAGGAGCAGGUAAACUGUCAACAGACUCCCGUGCAGACAAACACAAAGGAUACUGAAGCGGCCUGUGGCGUUACAUACGAAGAUAGCGCUGAGAUGGACGCUCAGAUGGACACAGACAUUGAGAGGAUAGAAUGCGAGUCAGUCAAUGAUAGAGAACGAUGGUCUAAAGAUGUCCAGGACAAAGAUAAGCCACUGAAGAAACGGAAGCAAGAUUCAUUCCCACAGGAACCUGGAGUCGACGCGAGCGACGGACAUGCUGUACAAGGCAACAACACGGAUGCUAAGACAACGCCCAAGAAGAAAGCUCCCACCAGCAACUGCAACAGUCGACCUGCCCUGAUGGUCAGCAUUGACCUCCAACAAGCUGGACGAGUGAUCGGACAACCUCUGGUCGUCCUGGAAGCGCAGAAUCUGUGUGAGGGCAACUUACAACACUUCAAUUCCAAGCCUGAUUCCAAAGGAGAUAAAGUUGGUGACAACAAACCUGACAUCAACAAGCACCACGCUGACAGUCCAAGAAAGCCCCGGUUGGACGGGCCGCUGGAAAUCCCUAAACGGACGCAGGAAAAUCAACGGGAAUUCAAACACAGACACGACGGAAAAAUUGGCACAAGUAAUGGACAGGCUGAUGAGAAACGGCUGGACGCCCCGCCGAAAGAACAGUCUUCGGAGUUUUGCAACGAGGAAGAAAAUAAUCUCAAUGGUCAGAAAGCCCACGUCAGCCAUCCUGAGAGUCCGAAGUCCACCAACAGGAUGGAGCAAAACGCCAGACAUGUAGAACAGAAAGUCAAGGAAAGAGAGAAGAGCAAGGAAACCGUCAGACAAAAAGACAAAGACAAAAUUAGAGAUACUGAAAAGGUUAAAGAGAGGGACGAAGAAACGAAAAAAGAGUCGGUCACAGAUAAAGGCAAAAACAGAGACAAAGACCAAGAUAGAGAAAAGGAAAAAAACAGAGACAGAAACAAGGGAGAGGAACAUGACAAACCCAGAGAAAAGACAAAAGUAAGAGAAAAAGACAGAAAUAAAAAUAAAGACGGAGACCUGGACCAAGACAAAGAAAAGACAAAAGUUAGAGACAAAGAUAAAAAUAGAAGUAAAGACGGAGACAAAGAGCAAAAUAGGGAAAAGACAAAAGUAAAAAACAAAGAGAGAAACAGAAAUGCAGAUGGAGACGUGGACCAAGAUAGGGAAAAGACAAAAGUAAGAGACAAGGACAGAAAUAAAAACAAGGAUGAAGACACAGAGCAGGACAGGGAAAAGUUAAAAGUUAGAGAAAAACAUCUGGACAGAAAUAAAGAUGGAGACACAGACCCAGCAGAGGAAAAGUCAAAAGUCAGAGACAAAGAUAGAAAUAAAGAUGGAGGUAUGGAGCGAGUUAGGGAAAAGGAAAAGGACAAAUUAAAAAUCAGAAACAGAGAUAAAGAGCGAGAAAGGGAACCAGAAAAGGAUCUAAAUAAAGAUAGAGACAAAAACAGAGUUAAAGACAGAGAGGGACAAAGAGACAGGGAAAAGGAAAAAGGCAAAGACAGAAACAAAGACAGAGAUAAAGACACAGACAUGGAGAAACUUCAGGAUAAAGUAAGGGAUCGGGAUAAAAUCAAGGACAAAGAAAGGGACAGGGAACGAAAACAUAAAACUCCGUCGGUGAAAAACUGCCACAACAACUCUCCUGAGCACCAAACGAAAUCCGACAGCCCGAGAGGGAAGCCAGACGAGACCAGACGAACGGACCUUAAUGGUAAUCAGAAGACGGACAAAUCCGGCCUCCCGAGUCCCCAGAGCAAAAAACAGAAGAAAGGCAGCGAAGGCGGCGCUCACUGUCAAGCCGGCAACAAACAGCAGACCUCAGAGAUGAAAACCAGCGAGUUUCCGUCAUACCUGUUCGGCGGAAAGACCAGCAGUUUGAAGAACUUUGUGAUUCCCAAAAAGAAACGCGAUGGGUCGGACAAGGACCCGUUGCCCCCAGGCCCCGUGCCGCAGGUGUGGGUCGAGCCUUGUGUCAAACUGGAGCGAGUGUCUCUGUUGAAGAACAUCUGUAAAGUAGCCCAGCCUGUUGUCGUGCUCAAGCGGCUCAGCGUGGACGAGGUCAAGAUUAUAAUCAAGGAGAGCAGGAAUCAACACAGGUCCAAAUCUGGCAGUUGGUCAAGUCGAGAUGCAGCGAACCACGAGAACGCCAACAAGCGACGACACAGUGAGAUCAGUAAGAAACCCAAGUACAUCGAGGAAGACUCAGAUGAGGACGUUAUUGAAGAUGACGAAGAUGAUGAUGAUGAUGAGGACUCUGAUCAUAAAUCCUCAAAGAAACGGUUCAAGAAAGACCAUGGCAGGACGUGGAAGCACGAAGAGAAGAAACGUUCAGGAGAGCAACGUCGAGGACGAGUCGUUCAGAAUGUUCGCCGAGGCUCUGGUAGCCGCCAACGUGACUGGAACUCCGAUGAAUCCGAGGAAGAUUCGCCGCCACCAAGCCUUAAUGAUGUGGCCAAAAAAUUGAAGAAAAGGGAAAAACAAAAAAUCAGGAAGUCAUACGAAGCCAAGAUGUCACUUGAAGAAAUGUUGGACUCCUCAACAUUCAAGAAAUUUACUGCCAGAGUGGAUCAUAUUCUAGAAAACCUCGAGGACGUGGAUCCUACUGCCAUAGAUGAUGAUGAUGAGAUACCUCAAGAGUUCCUGCUUGGAAAGCACCAGCUGAGUGAACUCGGCAGCGACUCUUUGAAGAUUAAAGACAUGGGCAUCUUCAAUAAGUUUUCAUCUAGUAAACUGGUGAAAAUUCUCAAUAUUCUUGAGAUGAACAUUCGGGACAGCGUCAAACUUACCACCAUGAUGAACCACGAGGAUAAUUCCAUGGACGAGGAGCGGUUGUGGCGCGACCUCAUCAUGGAGCGGGUGACCAAGUCGGCUGACGCCUGUCUGACUGCGCUCAACAUCAUGACCUCUCCACACAUGCCCAAAGCUGUGUACAUCGAGGAUGUGAUCGAGAGGGUGUUGCAGUUCACCAAGUUCCACCUUCUGAACUCUCUGUACCCUCAGUACGACCCGGCCUACAGACUGGAUCCUCAUGGAGGUGGCGCUCAUUCUUCAAAGUCCAAGAGAGCCAAGAGUUCAGGCCACAAACAGAAGGUGGUGGUGUCGCUCUACAACAAGGUGUGUGAGAUCGUCAGCAACAUGUCGGAGCUGCUGGAGAUUCAGCUGAUGACGGACACCACUAUCCUCCAGGUGUCCACGCUGGGCAUCACGCCGUUUUUUGUGGAAAAUGUCCGUGAGCUGCAGCUCUGUGCCAUCACACUCGUGACUGCGGUCUUUUCUCGCUACGAGAAGCACCGGCAGCUCAUCCUCGAAGAAGUUUUCACCUCACUCGCUCGUCUUCCCACCAGCAAACGCACCCUCAGGAAUUUUAGACUGAACAGCAGCGAUUCAGGCGAAGAGCACGUCUACAUCCAGAUGGUCACCGCUCUGGUCCUUCAGCUCAUCCAGUGUGUGGUCCAACUUCCCUCUGAGAGAAGAGAAGAGGAGGACGAACCAAAGAAGAAGGUGGAUAAAGACGCCCUGAUCACAAACACUUAUGAAACAGCCAUGAGGACAGCACAGAACUUCUUAUCAGUUUUCCUCAAAAAGUGCGGUAGUAAGCAGGGAGAGGACGACUACAGGCCUUUGUUUGAGAACUUUGUCCAUGACCUGCUCUCUACGAUCAACAGGCCCGAGUGGCCGGCAGCAGAACUACUGCUGAGUUUACUGGGGCGUCUGUUGGUGCAUCAGUUCAGUAACAAGCAGACAGAGAUGGCUCUCAGGGUGGCAUCCCUGGACUACCUGGGCACCGUCGCCUCCCGCCUGAGGAAGGAUGCAGUGGAAAGCAAACUGGACCACAAAGCUAUUGACCACAUCCUGAGAGAUAGCGAAGGGAGUGACGAGAUCCAGCAACUUCAGAAGAGUUUGCUCGAUUAUCUGGACGAGAACAAAGACAUAGACACAUCUCUAGCAUUUGCAAAGAAGUUUUACCUCGCCCAGUGGUUCAGAGAUGCAACAAGUGAAGCAGAGAAGGCCAUGAAGUCUCAGAAUGAGAGCGACGACUUCAAAAGCCACCUUUACUCUAAAGAACCCGACUCAACAGAUGAGAUUGUACAGAGAACAGAGGCGAGAAAGAAAUUCCUUUUCAAGGUCAUGAGGACGUCAUCGUCACAUUCCAGUUCUCAGAGGUCAAACCCAAUAGACUACGAGGACUCCUGUCUGAUUGUCAGAUAUCUGGCCUCCAUGAGGCCGUUUGCACAGAGCUUUGAUAUUUAUUUAUCACAGAUUCUAAGAGUCCUGGGUGAGAGUGCGAUCGCUGUUAGGACCAAAGCUAUGAAGUGUUUGUCAGAAGUAGUGGCUGUAGAUCCAAGUAUUCUGGCCCGGCUGGACAUGCAGCGAGGAGUUCACUGUCGUCUAAUGGAUAAUUCUACCAGCGUACGAGAGGCGGCCGUGGAGCUUCUGGGCCGUUUUGUUCUAAGUCGACCUCAGCUCAUAGAGCAGUAUUACGACAUGCUCGUUGAGAGGAUAUUGGACACAGGCAUCAGUGUGAGGAAACGGGUCAUCAAGAUCCUGAGAGAUAUCUGCCUGGAGCAGCCGGACUUCCACAAAAUCACAGAGAUGUGUGUCAAGAUGAUCCGAAGGGUCAACGACGAGGAGGGGAUAAAGAAACUGGUGAAUGAGACAUUUCAGAAACUGUGGUUUACGCCGACACCCGGCCACGACAAAGACGCUAUGACCAGAAAGAUUCUGAACAUCACAGACGUGGUGUCAGCGUGCAGAGAUUCAGGCUACGACUGGUUCGAGCAGCUUCUUCAAAAUCUGUUGAAGUCGGAGGAGAACGCCUCCUACAAACCUGCUAAAAAGGCCUGCAUUCAGCUGGUGGACAACCUGGUGGAGCACAUACUGAAAUAUGAAGAGUCCAUAGCAGACUGUGAAGAAAAAGGCGUGAACUCUGAUCGUCUGGUGGCGUGCAUCACCACUCUCUACCUGUUCACCAAAAUCAAAGCACAGCUGAUGGUCAAACACGCCAUGACAAUGCAGCCGUACCUGACCACGAAGUGCAAUACUCAGAAUGACUUAUUGGUCAUUUGCAACGUGGCCAAGAUUUUGGAGCUGGUCGUGCCACUGAUGGAUAGUCCAAGUGAGACCUUCCUCAACACCAUAGAAGAAGACCUGAUGAAGCUCAUUAUCAAAUAUGGCAUGAUGGUUGUACAACACUGUGUGAGCUGCCUUGGUGCUGUUGUCAACAAAGUGACACACAACUACAAAUUUGUCUGGGCGUGUUUCAACCGCUUCUAUGGAGCACUUGCCAAACUGAAGACCCAGCACCAUGAAGACCCCAGCAGCUCCACCCUGGUCAACAACAAGCCCACUCUCCUGCGAUCACUCUUCACUGUGGGAGCUCUCUGUCGACAUUUUGACUUUGACCUGGAGGAUUUCAAGGGUUCUACGAAGAUCGUCAUCAAAGACAAAGUGUUGGAUCUGCUGCUGUACUUCACCACACAUGAAGAUGAAGAGGUCCAGAACAAGGCCAUCAUAGGCCUAGGUUUCCAGUUCAUCAUGCACCCGGAGCUCAUGUUCGUGCAGGAUGUGAAGGUGUUGUACAACACCAUGCUGUCGGAUGAAAGCACUUUGGUCAGUCUGAAGAUCCAGGUGUUGAAAAACCUGCAGACCUACCUGCAGGACGAGGACACGCGAAUGCAGACGGCAGAUCGUGAAUGGAAGGAAAAAGCCAAGCAGGAGGAUCUGAAGGAGAUGGGAGACGUCUCCUCGGGCAUGAGCAGUUCCAUAAUGCAGAUUUAUCUGAAGCAGGUGUUGGAGUCCUUCUUCCACUCCCAGUCCACGGUUCGGCACUUUGCGUUGAGUGUCAUAACACUGACUCUGAGCCAGGGCCUCAUUCAUCCUGUACAGUGUGUGCCCUACUUGAUCGCCAUGGGAACAGACCCAGAACCGACCAUGAAGAACAAGGCUGAUCAACAGCUGGUGGAGAUUGAUAAGAAAUAUUCAGGAUUCAUUCAUAUGAAGGCAGUGGCGGGACUGAAGAUGUCCUACCAAGUCCAACAAGCCAUCCACGGGUCCAAGAACAAAGUGAUCCGCGGUUUUCGACACGACGACACGGACACCGCUCUCUGUUCACACCUGUACAGCCUGGUCCGAGGGAACAGACAACACCGGAGAGCUUUCCUCCUCUCGCUCCUCAGCCUAUUUGAUGACAGCUCUAAAACUGAGGUGACAAUGCUGCUUUUCAUAGCAGACAACUUUGCCUGCUUUCCCUAUCAGACCCAGGAGGAGCCGCUGUUCAUCAUGCACCACAUAGACAUUGCGCUCUCAGUCUCUGGUAGCAACCUUCUCCAGUCUUUCAAGGAGUCAUUACUGAAGGAGCCGGUACGGCAGGAAAAAAGGAUGAAGAUCGAGAAGAAGAGGAAGAAGAAGAAAAAGAAGGAGAAGAAGAAAAAGAAGAAACAGUCGCACAGGAAGAAAUACAGCUCUGACGACGAAGACGAAAGUGGCGAGGAGGAGGAGGAUGAAGAAAAGAGCAGCAGCAGCUCCAGUAGCAGCAGCAGCAGCAGCGAUGAGGAUGACGAGGAGGAGGAGGAAGUAACGGUUCACAAGCGAAAGAAGCCAUCGAACUCUGAUUCCGACCUGGAUGAAGAGGACGCCCUGCUGGAUCGUCUGCCCGAGAACCCGACCCCGCUGCUGGACUUUGCCAGUGCUUCUCAAGGGAUUCUGCUGCUGCUGGUGCUCAAACAACAUCUGAAGAAUCUGUACGGCUUCUCAGACGGCAAAAUCCAAAAGUAUUCUCCGACCGAGUCCGCUAAGGUGUACGACAAAACUGUGAACAGGAAGUCCAAGGUCCACUUCAACCCUCAUCAGACUCUCGACUAUGUAAAGAAUGGUCUUGUCAACAAGGAUCUUAGUUAUGAGACCAAGAGGAACAUUGUGAAACAGUAUCUGGAUUUCAAGGUACUUAUGAUGCACCUGGAUCGCGACGAAGAGGAUGAGCAAGGUGAAGCCAGUGCCAACGCUAAGAACAAGGCCAUCAGUUCUCUGCUGAAGGGUCCAAAGUCCCAGAACCACCAUCACAAUAAUCACAGUGCUCCAGUGGAGUCAGAUGAUGAGGAGAGCGAGGAUGAAGAUCAGCCGUCUCACAAACCAAGGAAAGGAAAGGAUUCCGCUGAGAAUUUGGGUCAGACGGGCGAAACAGUGGGUGCCAUGGACAUCGUCGCCACCUACUGCCCCAAGUACAAGGACAGACCACAGAUCGCCCAGGUCGUCCAGAAGAGCAAAGGCGGCUACAGCGUACACUGGAUGACCGGAUCUUACUCCGGGCCCUGGACUGUGGCGAAGAAGCGGGACGGACGGAAAAAGGUGCCUUGGGUCGAAGCCAUCAAGGAGUCGGACAUUAUUUAUAAGAAAAUCUCAUUGAACAGUGGACAGAAGCUUUCAAACAAAGUGGUACAGAAGUUACGGGCUCUAUACGCUGCUAAGGAGGAAAGGAGUUAAUAGACUGAAACCUUUGUGGAUACCAUAUGUUACAAAUGAGUAAAAGAAAGAGAGAGGAAAAAAAGGCCUCUGUAGAUUUAAGAUGCUGGAGAAAGAGGAGUCUGUUUGAACACAGACACGGUAAAAAUGAUCGCAAGAAGGAAAUGUUAGGAAAACAUUGUUUGGGAGUUCCUUCGCUGUUGUGCAGCAAACUUGGUUGUUUGGUUUUUACUCCCACUGUAUCAUAGUUUAACGUUUAACAAAACACAUGUUUAUAUCUGAACAUACUUCUGUAAAAAAAAAAAAAAUACAAAGUGAAUGUUGGAAAUUAGUGUAUUGAUGAUGUUCUUAAUAAAGUGUUUUUGGAGUUUCAACUAGCACCAGAUGGAUUUAUUCACAAGAGUUGAGUUCCAACGACAUUCACUUUCUUCUUUAAACAUUUCACCCUGUUUAGCCACACUGUGUACAAACCUUUGAUAUGAUUUAUUUAUGUUAAGAGCAGUGCAGUAUCUGUGCCUGUAUGCAGGGGAACGUUUUGUUCUUUUUAAUAUAGAUUUUGAUGUUAUAGAACAAAGAAACAGUGAGUCCCCACUCUUUCAGUGAAACAAAUACUGCAAUAAAAGUUUCUUAUGUCCUUGGUA